AUUAGCAAACAGACGCGGACUACCGAUCAGUAUAAAGUCAUCACAAUAAAAAACCAACUUCAGUCGCUAAAGUUAUUGCAAGUAACAUGGGAAUCACUAUAAAUAUCACGUUGUUUCUGGUGCUAUUUUUAUUACAAAACAGCUGGUCCCUGGAAGAUAAGGGAAAAGGCGAAAUUUCAGCAUCUUCCCAAAAUGAGCGGAGCCAUCUAGAGCCAGAUACUGCGCCUUUAUCAAGAGUUAAAAGGCAAUAUGGAUAUGGAUAUGGACCUUACUAUGGAGGGUAUCGCCGUCCGUACCCUCUACCAAUAAUAUUCGGUGGAGGAAUAGUUGUCGGAGGAUACGGUGGACGAGGUUUUGGUGGACCAGGUUUCGGUGGGGGAUUCGGUGGAAGGGGAUUUGGUGGUAGAGGUUUUGGCGGAAGGGGCUUCGGCGGCGGCUUUGGUGGGAGAGGGUUUGGCGGCUUUGGUGGGAGAGGCGUUGGCGGUUUUGGUGGAGGACGAGGUGGUGGAAGAGGAUAAUAACCUGACGAUACAAAUAAAAC